AUGAGCCGGCAGACAGAGCCCCACACGGCGCAGACCGUGGGCUCCGCCGUCCUCCCUGAGCAGCCGACUUUGCCCAUGUCUCAAUACGGCCCCAGCUCGGACUUCAAGGAGGCUUUGGACAGUAGAUCCCAGGCCAAUGCAGAAGAUGAAAAGACGGAGGAGGACAUGCCCAUGCCCAAGAACUACCUGUGGCUCACCAUCGUCUCGUGUUUUUGCCCCGCGUACCCCAUUAACAUCGUGGCUUUGGUCUUCUCCAUCAUGUCUCUGAACAGCUACAACGAAGGAGACUUGGAAGGAGCCAGGCGGCUGGGGAGGAAUGCCAAGUGGGUGGCCAUCGCAUCCAUCGUCAUCGGCCUUCUGAUCAUCGGCAUCUCUUGUGCUGUGCACUUCUCGAGGAACUCCUGAGAAGCCUGCUGCAGCCGCCAGCGUGGAGGAUGGUCCUCAUCUGCACACCCCCCUUCCCCAAAGACACUGAGGGAUGGAUCCCCGACUUUGGACUGUGAGAUCCUUUCCUCCAGGACUCUCCAGAGGCAGGUCCCUGGCCAACCAACAACAAAAGUCCAAGAUUCAGCAACCCAAACAGCACGGCCACAUCAGCCAAUGUCCCCGAUUAGUAUAUAAAGAAGAGGAAGAAGAAGAAAAGAAGGCUCCCAUUCUGAGUGGAGCCAAGCUUUGUGUCCAUGCCUCCUCCCUCAAGAUGAUCUCCAGAUGUCUCCUUUCACGGGGUGGGGAGGUCUGAACUGGGGGGGAGUAGGAAGUUUCCAGAAAGCGCGGUGGAUGCUGGGGCCUCUGCGGCAUGUUUAAAGUUGUCUAAUGCAGUUGAA